AGCCGUGCUUUCCCUCUUCCCUGCGGCACACGAACAACAGCAGCGUUGCCCGGCGCCGCUUGCGGUGGUGUGGAUGUCGCUGAACCCCGGGAGGGCUCUGAGGUCACAGCGGAGGAGCGUUCCACGGCGGGCCCCUGCUCUGAGCCCAUCUCCAGGGAGCCGCGGCAGAGCCUCCGGAGGCGCAGUGACAUCGGGCCAUGGCUGAGGACGGCUCUGGGCAGCCCGGCGACCGGCGCCCUGGCGACUGGUUUGCUCAUCUUGGAGUGGAGCACGGCGAGCUGGAAUCAACAACAACUGCUUCCCAAAGACAUGUCCUGAACUCGGCAGCCGCCCUGGGCAAGGUUCACAGAAUGCCGCUGGAAUACAAAGCUCGCGUGCAGGAAGCAGGAAACAACAAUUUCCCAUUCUCUUCUCAUGACAACAGACAUGACAUAUGCAAUGCAGCUGAGUAUUUUGACUUGGGCAUGGGCCUGAGGAAGCAAGAUCCAGAGAAACAGAAAAAGAACUCCCAUAACUUCUUUGAGUGGGCUCGUGCACCGGGCAGGAGCAGCAGCGAAGGUUUCAUAACCGUGUACCAGACCUCGUUUGUGGCAGAUCAGGCCUCUGGGAGCGAGGGCUGCUGCUGCAGGCGCUACCCCAAACACCACAUCCACAAACCCAGCACCAGCCCAAAGCAGUGCUGUGCCAAACAUGCUCCUGAGGGCGACAGUGCCCGGGAGCCAGACAAGAAAUGUUAAUCAGCAAAACGCCUCUGGAGCUGGACUAUUCACUACUCAAAACACUGGUGAAGGAAUAAACAUAUGUGUAAAGUGCACGUGGUAGUACAGCUGAGAGCUCAUUGUCAUCAACAACCUUCCAUUACUCUGGAAACAUACAUUAUUAUAAAACCCUUAAAGAGCAGCAUUAUGAGGAAAAAUAAGACUGUGCAUAUUUUUAGACAUAGCUCUACUGGUAGAACAGAGAUAGGGAUUGUGCUUGAGUUACCUGAUACUGGUUGACCCUCAUCUUGAUACAAAAGCUCCUUCAACUUCUGAAUCAGUGGCAGGGCUGUACCUCAGGCAGCUGACAGCACCUGUAUUGACACAGGAGAAUAAUGGAACUAGAUCCUAGAGGGAUUGCCAUAGCAGGGAGUAAAACCCCUGUGUGCUCAGGUAAGACAGAAACAUUUCUGAAAGGUUUUGUGGCUAAGAAGGCAGGUGACUAGCCUCUAGAGAAAGUAAAUUAAAAAGAAGCUGUACAAAAUAAGUGUCCUGUUUGGUUAUAGCUCAGCAAUUGUAGAAGUGAAAAAGAGUGUUGUGAACAACAUUUGUCCACUCACAAAUUUGAUUCAUGGCUGUAAAGGGAGAAAAAAGCUCGAGCAGAGGUAGAAGGAGAGGAUGGAGGUUUGAGUUUGGGAUGGACUGGAUCUUAAAAGAACUCAUGAUUUUUUAGUUACAUGUCCCUCAGGAAGAUAAUUCAAACCCAGUCCUCCAAGCACUCUGCUCCCAGAAUAUUCUGUGAUGUUAAGAUGUGGCAGGCAGUAGAGUCAGACCUCCAGAUGAUGUGUUUUCCUCUUCUGGAUCCUUUCCAUUAAUAUCAAUAAAAUAAUAGGCUAAAAUGUGUGUCUUAAAAUAUCCUGCAAAUAAGCUUGUUGCUAUGCAAAAUAAUGUUGACUAAAAAUAAAUCAAUCAUAAGUUUAUGAGAUAAUUUCCUUUAUUUACAAGAGAAAUGGAAAAAUAAACCCUUGACCCUUAGAAUUCCCUGCAUUGUAAGAGCUGCCUUGACUGUGAGCUCAGUUAAGAAAUGAGGUUUCUGCCCUUUGGUGAGCAGAUGCAUUUUUUGGUAUCAGCAUGCAGUGGCUGAUGGCCUUUUUGUGUGCCAUCAAAAUAGAUGGGAUUAGAUUCCCCAAACGUGUAGCAGAUUUAUUAGCACAUGUUGAAAUAAUAAACUCAUUUUUUUAGUGGAGUUCUCCCUGUUAAGAGUUCUUGGGGUGCUGCACAAUACAUCAAAAUCCAAAACAUCAAUGAACAAUGUAAAACCAAAUAAAAAGCCAAGUAACAUAGUGCUAUUAAAAAGAAUUGCUUUUUCUCAAAGUAAAGACAGCCUGCCUGACAGCUCCAGAGUCAGAAUUUCCAGUGCUUUAGCCAACAACUUCAUCCCCAAACUGAUUCAGGACUGAAGUGUGUGCCAAUCACAUGGUGAAUGAAGUGCCCCAUGCUGUUUGGCAAACUGCAAAGGGCAAUCUUGGACCUCCAUCAGAAGGAAGGAGCACAUUCUUGCUCCAUUAGUAAUGUUUAUCUGUGGUUUAGCAUUACAACUGGAUGUGGUGAAAUAAAUUGCUGUAGUUUGUUAUGCCUUAAGACACCAAUAAAAACACUCCAGCUUU